UACGGAAGCCCUGGAGGGACAUUUAUUAUUUAAAAUUUAGUACUUAAAAUUUAUUACUUAUUACCUAUUAUCUAUAACUUAUAACUUAUUAUUUAAAGAUUAUGACUUAUUAUUUACAUAUUAUCUGAACCGCGCUAUAUUUGGCGGGAGAAACAAGAUGUUUUAAUUGAGGCGAUGACCGAAAAGGAUGAAGUUGAGGAUCAUUUACAGAUGGAUCGUACAAAGCAGAAACAGAAGUUACAGCAGCUAGUACAAAGCAUAAUGGCCACUAAAAAAACUGAAAGGCAAUCUCUUUCAAAGCACACGAGUCCUUAUACUAGAAGUGGUCGUGGGCGUGGAAGGAGGUCAGAAUACAAGGUGCCCAUAGGUUGGCAACAUUUUAGCAAAGGGAAAUACAGAAUUGUUAUGCAAAGGAAUGGAGGUGGUACACGAUAUAUAUACAAGAAUUCUGAUGAAGAAGUAACAGUAGAUGAAAUACUCGUAGAAGGGAAAGCAUUUUACUUUAAGGAUGGCAAAAGCAAGUUUUGUUUAUUAGAGGAAAUGGCUGUUACCCUUGUGACAGCUUCUGGACAAGAAAUUUCAGGCUUCACACACAGAAAUGGUCUGCCCUGUUGGUUCACAGAGUAUGUUAAAGCUUAUGGACUGUACCCAUCUCAGUGUCAUUUAUACUUAAGAACGAAAAUCAAAUCAGAAUCGGAUACAGAUAAAUGUUUAAAAACAAAAGAAGAAAGUCCGUGUUUUCUUGUAAACAACAUUAAAGCUGGGUUGCUGGAAAUAUCAUAUGAGAAAAAAAACACAAUCUGUAUAUGCUGAUACAGGAAGUUCCAUUUUCAUUAAAUCAUACAGAACUGCUAUGUCUUUGGCAAAAGAUGAUCUUGAAGAAUACAAUGUUUUCAAUGAUGGCUAUUCAGUAAUUAGUGUACAGAAAGACAAUAAAGAAUAUUUGGUAGACAAGGAAAAUGUUUACUAUUUCCCACAAGUCAAUUUAAUCCAAAUCAAGUUGUUUGCUUCAUUCAUGGACCGAAUAUUAUUCAUGGGAGUGAAACUGACGACUUGAAUCAUCUUAUUAUAGGAUGCCUGACAAUAUUUCAUAUUAUUUUCAAUAUAACAUGCUAAAGUCCUUUUAAAUACAAAAAAAUCAAUUUCAGUAUAUCAAAAAUCUCAGUUGAGUUCCUUUAAGAAUUAGCUUUUGAGCUUACAGAAAUUAUUAAUACACACUCAUGUUUAUAUACUAUACUCGUUUUGUUAAAAACCUUGUGUGAAAUAAAGGUAUUAUAAAUUUCUACAAAUAUUUAUUGUCAUUUCUUAAGAGAAAUUGUAACUACAUUUCAUUAAAAUAUUUAUUCCCAUUAUUGUACUAAAUCAUCCCUUACGAGUGAAAUAUAAGAAAAAGCUGAAAGAACUUUCGCCAUACUGAAGUCAUUUUAUGGUAGUGGGAUCUCGACUUUUAAUGUUUAAUUGUUUUGAAUAGAUUGCAGAUUAUGUUUUGCUUGGUCGUGUGGGGUUGUGUUCAUUGAACGCUGCCUUUCUUUUGUGUUCUUGUUUUCCGUAUUAAAGUGAAUUAUAUAUUGUAGUUUUUAUGUAGGAAAAGUUGUCGGUUACAUUUCAAAAGCUUAAUAAAAUUUUAACUAUCGAUUUUUUGUGCUUUGUUACGAAUGCGCUUUAGAGGCACUAUCUAACGCUUAAGCUUAUAAGUAAAAAUUAUGACAAAAUUUAAUAAUUAAAAUAAGUAAGUGAAAAUUAGCGCAAUAUUUUUAUCUUAUUUUGAUAUUUUAAAGUAAUCCUUAUCACAUAUACAAGCCAAAUCUCUGGCAUUUACGACAACUCAUUCUGGAUUCGCCUGCAUACUUAUACCUAAUCUACAAGUCCGGUUAUCUCGCCGAUUUCUUCUGCACGGAUCUUGCAAGAUGCCGUUGCCAGCACAGUGUAGACUGUAGACAGUGACUGUUAUUAAUUUAUAUCUUUAGGGGAGUAGAGACAGAUACAUUUUCUCUACUAACUGAAUUGGGUCUUUUGAUACAAUAUGAACAAAGGAUAUUGCCCUCUUACCAUAACAUUAGAAACGACCAUUGCAAAUGUUCUCUUGGAAAAGUUGAACUUUCCAAAUAUUCAACAGACAGUGUUUUAAGAAUUUUUUUUCAGAGCAUCUUGUGACAAGCAUCAAUUAGGGAUUUCAUUUGUUGUAUGCAAUGAAAAUAUGAAUUGAACGAUGAGACAUGUAAAUGCACAUAUUUUUAUACAUUUUUAUAUCCACUAAACAAGUUUACAACUGGUAAAUUUUAUACUACAAAAAUAGUAAGUAAUAAUUAAGAUAGACAGAAAAGAAUAAAUAAUUUUGUAAACAUGAGUUACUUCCCCUUAAAAUAGAGAAAACCUGAAACCCAAAAGAACACCCUAAACAGCAAAAUUAUGAAAUGUUGCAGGAUCAGGUUUAUUAAGCCAUGCAAAGUAAUUGUAAAGUAUUCAUAAAAAGUUAGAUGGCCAUGUGACAGCAGUAAUUGCAGAAAAUCGGAUAGCUUUCAACAUCCGGAUACUGGUACACUUUGUAAAAACAAACAUUCUAUGCAAUAGAUAAACGUUAUAUGGAUAAAAUCAAUAGGAUAAUCGUUUACAACAGUUCCAAUACCAAUAUUUAUACUCAUUUUUACAGGUGAACGUUCUUCUUGUAGGAACAUUUUGAAAAUAUAUAAAUGAAUGAAAAAGAAUACAGCAUCAAUGUAGACCACAACGAUAUUCGAAAUUCGGGUUUUAGUAUUGCCAAUAAAGCUAAGGGACAAGCUGCAAUUUCGUGAAAAUAAUAUCACAAUGCACAUGCUUUUUACAUAAUGUUAUUAAAUACAAAUAUAACAACAUAUUAGUUUACUUGAUUUUUACGAAUCAAAAUAAAACUAAUUAACACAACAUGACAUUAACUGCUAAUGAUAACAGCUCCUUCCAUAGGCCAAAAUAAAAAGCAUUUCAUAAGAGACGACGCCGCUCACCGGCGUCGCCAAUAAAAUCAUACAUCUGAGUCUUGUACAAAUUGAAGCAUUACUCGUUUAUAAACAGACUAGAGACCCUGGUCCGAAUCCUGGAAAAUUAAAAUUUAUAAUUCUUUAUGCCACUGCCAUAUUUUGCGAUUCAUGUUUGUGCGUGCAUAUGUUUUAGUGAACUUAAAAAAACCUUUUGUUAAAACCCACAAGUCCAAUUUCAACGCAACUUGCCAUGAUUGUUCCUUGGGUGAAGGGUGUCUAAAAUUUAUCAAAGAAUUUUAUUCCUGAUAAGUUACAGUAAAACAUUGUUCAAGGGGAGAUAAUUCUGAAAAUAUUGCAUUUAGAGUUAUGAACCUUAACACAUAAAAUGUGGUUGAUGAUAUGGAACGUAUGUUUGAAGUUGAUAACUCAAGAAAAAGUUAUAGAAAAAAAUAUUUAACUGCACAAAAUCUUUAAUCUGAAAUCUGGACGCGGACGCCUGGCUGAAUUGGACAG